AGUUAACUUACAGCCUUAGUUCCAUCAUUUAAUUAAUCAAAAGUUUCAAAACCAACGGUGAUGCAAUUGUAGAACAUCUAACGAAUAAUAGCUCGACAAUCUAGAUUAGGUCGAGUGAUAAGUAACUCACGAUGCUUUCCGCGAAAUCAGAUUCAGAAACAAGUCUCGCGGCUUCGUCGUUGUCACCGUCACGAUCUUCAAAACGCACUUUCUACUACGUGCAAAGCCCGUCACGUGAUGACUCUUCGACGUCAGUUAUUCAGCCGAGCCCUAUGGACUCGCCUACACACGAUUCUUCCUCCUUAGGCCGUCACUCACGUAACUCAUCGGCGAGUAGAUUCUCCGGGUUCCGAUCAUCAUCUUCAGGGAGAAAAAACGGCAGGAAGUGGAAGUCUAACGAGCAAGAAUGUAAGGACCUUAUACUUGAAGAAGGUUCAUCAUACGAUGAAAUGGACGAUGCGACGUCUAUAAGAAGGUGUCAAGCACUACUUGCCGUUUUUACUUUGGUGGUUCUCUUUAUCUUCUUCUGCUUUAUUGUUUGGGGAGCUAGUAGACCUUACAAGGCUCAAAUCUCUGUUCAGACAUUCGAACUACACAACUUUUAUGUUGGUGAAGGAUCAGAUUUCUCUGGAGUAAGUACCAAAGUGGUGACUUUAAAUGGAACUUUAAGAAUUCGUAUUUACAAUCCUGCCCCAAUAUUUGGUGUUCAUGUUAGUUCGACCCCAAUCAAUCUCUUCUUCUAUCAACUCUCUAUUGCCACCGGUGAGAAGAGGCAAGAAAUGAAAUCAGUGGUUAUAGAAGGGAGAAGAGUUCCAUUAUAUGGUGCCGGAGCAAGCCUAGAGGCGACGGAGAGAGGCGGAAAGAUUCCGGUGAAGCUAAAAUUUGAAGUCCAAUCGAGAGGAGAUGUGGUCGGAAAAUUGAGCCAUCACUUCUUCGUCCACUUUUCAAAAUCCGACGAAAACCCAGUAACAAUCAUGUUGACGAAACCAAAACCCAAUUCCAAAUUUUCAAUCUUGUUCACCUUCCUCAUACUUCUCAGUUUCUUAAUCGUCGUGGUCCGUUCCUCUGAUGUCGCCGUCGAAGGUAAAGAACCCGGAUCCGAGGAAGAAUUAGACGAUCUGGAGCAGCUCUUAGCGGUGGAUGAACAAUUGCAGGAAGAGAGACCAGAGCAACAAUCUGAAGUGGAGACUGUGAGUAAGGCGCAGAGGAUCGUGGUGGAACUCAAUGGAGACAACACGAAGCGGUUGAUUGAUGGGAAUGAGUAUGUGAUGGUUUUAGGUUACGCGCCGUGGUGUGCUAGGAGUGCUGAGCUAAUGCCGAGAUUUGCGGAGGCGGCGACGGAUUUGAAGGAGAUUAGUAGUUCGGUUUUGAUGGCUAAGAUUGACGGUGAGAGGUAUUCGAAAGUGGCGUCGCAGCUUGAGAUUAAAGGUUUCCCAACGCUUCUUCUGUUUGUUAAUGGCACAUCUCAGUCUUACACUGGUGGAUUUUCCUCAGAGGAGAUAGUGAUUUGGGUGCAAAAGAAGACUGGUGUGCCUACUAUUAAACUUGAUACAGUUGAUAAAGCUUCAGGAUUUCUGAAGAAGCAUCAUACUUUCAUUCUCGGUCUAUUCGAAAAGUCUGAGGGUUCUUCUGGACGUGAUGAAUUUGUAAAAGCUGCGUCGUUAGACAACGAAAUCCAGUUUGUAGAAACAAGCAACAGUGAUGUUGCUAAGCUUCUCUUCCCUAACCUUAAAACCAACAAUGUGUUUGUUGGCUUGGUUAAAACUGAGGCUGAAAAGUACACUGUAUACGAUGGAUCUCUCCAAGCCGAAAAGAUAUUGGAAUUUCUGAACAGUAAUAAAUUCCCUUUGGUUACAAAAUUGACUGAAUCCAACACCGUUCGUGUUUACGCCAGUCCAGUCAAGCUUCAGGUUAUGGUCUUUUCAAAGAGUGAUGACUUUGGAAGUCUUGCUCAGCCUCUAGAAGAUAUUGCAAGAAAGUUCAUAUCAAAGCUUAUGCUGAUAUAUAUUGACAUAUCAAAUGAAAACCUCGCAAUGCCAUUCUUGACAUUAUUUGGGAUAGAAGAUGCAAAGAAAACUGUUGUUGCUGCAUUCGACAACAACCUGAACUCCAAGUUUUUGCUUGAGUCGGAUCCAUCUCCUAGCAAUAUAGAAGAAUUUUGUUUCGGACUUGCGCAUGGAACUGUUUCACCUUACUAUAAGUCACAGCCAAUUCCAGAUAAUCAAAAUGCAAGCGUAGUGGCUGUGGUCGGCAGGACUUUUGAUGAAAUGGUCUUGAAGAGCAGCGAGAAUGUUCUUCUUGAGGUGCACACACCAUGGUGUAUUAACUGUGAGGCUCUGAGUAAACAGGUUGAAAAGUUGUCGAAACACUUUCAAGGGUUUGAGAAUCUUGUCUUUGCAAGGAUAGACGCUUCUGCAAACGAGCAUCCUAAGCUAACGGUUGAUGAUUAUCCGACAAUCUUGCUUUACAAAGCCGGUGAAAAGGAGAAUCCGUUAAAGCUUUCGACGAAAUCCAGUGCAAAGGAAAUGGCUGUUUUAAUCAACAAAGAGUUGAAAUCGAAGGAUCCGUCUGCUAAAGAUGAGUUAUAGAAGCAUCUGGAAUCUGACGUAGGGAUCAAAUUUAUAGUUGUUUGUUGAAAAAUGUAAUGGAGCUUUUGAGGAAAAGACACAGAAAGACAUAGAAGAGGAAAGAUAGAAAUCAUUAUGUUACUUUAUAGUUAUAUUGCCAUAAGAAAUAUAAAUAGCAAAG